AUGUCCAACACAAACAACAGCUCUGUCAGCAACCCCAUCAAAUCAAGACGGACCUCCUCAACAGCAUCCAAUGAGAGCACUCUGAGCAACCACGAGAUAGAGUACAUGGCUCUACGAGACGAACAUCUGAGCUACGAAGAUGACGCCGAAUUUCACAACUUUAUCGACGCAUUAGAUCGUGUCGAUUCACUUGUCACAGAGCAAGCGCAAGCUCUCCGAAGGGGAAGAAAGGAGUCAAUAAGCCGUGUAUUCAACGGACUCAACAACAAGCUGCGCCGACAGAGCACACUCGGAUCGACGACAGAGCUGGAGUAA